GGGACCAUGAAUAAGUCAGGAAUAUCUACUGUGACACAGUUUGUCUUGUUGGGCUUUCCUGGUCCCUGGAAAAUGCAGAUCAUCUUCUUCUCAAUGAUUCUGUUGGUCUACAUCUUGACUCUAACCGGGAACAUAGCCAUCAUUUGUGCUGUGAGGUGGAACCACUGACUCCAUACCCCUAUGUAUGUGUUCCUGGCCAACUUCUCCUUCCUAGAGGUCUGGUAUGUGACCUGCACAGUCCCCAAUAUGCUGGUCAAUUUUCUUUCCAAAACCAAAACCAUAUCCUUCUCUGGUUGCUUCACUCAAUUCUACUUCUUCUUUUCCCUGGGCACAACUGAAUGCUUCUUCCUCUGUGUCAUGGCUUAUGAUCGUUACCUUGCCAUCUGUCGUCCACUGCACUAUCCCACCAUCAUGACUGGGAAGCUCUGUGCCAUUCUAGUGUCUCUUUGUUGGCUCACUGGUUUCUUAGGAUAUUCAGUUCCUAUUCUUUUCAUUUCUCAACUACCCUAUUGUGGUCCCAACAUCAUUGAUCACUUUCUGUGUGAUGUGGACCCACUGAUGGCAUUGUCCUGUGCCAGUUCACCCAUAAUAGAGCAUGUAUUCCAUUCUGUGAGCUCUCUUAUCAUCACUCUGACCAUUUUGUACAUCCUUGGAUCCUAUACCUUGGUGGUCAGAGCUGUGCUUCGGGUUCCUUCUUCAUCUGGGAGGCAAAAGGCCUUCUCUACUUGUGGAUCCCACUUAGUCGUUGUAUCUCUGUUCUAUGGAACCAUUAUGGUGAUGUAUGUGAGGCCCACAUCUGGCAACUCAGUUGCUAUGCAUAAAAUCAUCACACUGAUAUACUCUGUAGUGACACCAGUCUUAAAUCCCUUCAUCUACAGCCUACGCAAUAGGGACAUGAAAUUUGCCCUCCAUCAGGUCCUCUGUGGAAUGAGAAUUAUGCAAACUUCAUGA